CACACGUGUCCCGGUCGGUGAUAAGCGCCCUGCCUGUGUGAGACCGUCGCUAGUGCGUGCGUGAUAGGAGAACAUGGUUGAGAUGAGUUAUCUGAGGAUAUUCUUGGCGCUGCUAGUGCUACACGGUUGCAGUGGUGGUGUGAGCGCUGGUGAGGAAAGCAUCAUAGCCGACCAGUCGACAAGUCCGGCGGAGCAACCUAGAAGUGUGGCCGAAAGUUCUGACACAGGUGCGGGCGCAACAGCAGCAACUUCUGGCGCUGAGCAAGGAGGAGAGAAGAGGACCGCUAAACGGCAUCUGUCCUUUGGUUUCGGCCAUGGUUUUGGCAGUGGUGCCGGUUUCUCAGCAGGCGUUGGAUACGGCUCGAGCGUCGGAGUAGGCUAUGGUUCCAGCCUUGGUUAUGAUGCUGGCUAUGGAUCAGGCUAUGGAUACGGAGCAGGCUAUGGUGGGGGUGCCCGUUUCGGUGGUUUCCGAGGUUAUGGCAGCGGGUACGGUGGAUUCCGUGGUGGCUAUGGUGGCUACGGAUACGGCGGUUAUGGCGGUUAUGGUGGUUACGGUGCUUCCGCCGAAGGUUUCCAUGGUUUCCAUGCUCACUUCUCCAAACCCAUCGUAACGGCCACCAUCAAGGAGCACAUUCCGGUACCGAUACCGAAACCGUAUCCCGUGUUUGUGAAGAAGACGAUCCCGGUACCAUACCCGGUCCACAAGCCCGUACCCUAUCCGGUGUUUGUGAAGAAACACAUCCCGAUACCGAUCGAUCGACCAGUACCGGUCGUUGUGCCGCAUGCCGUACCGGUACCCGUCACGAAACACGUAGCCGUUCCCGUGCCCCAACCGUAUCCCGUAUCGGUUCCGCAUCCCGUACCGGUGAAAGUACCGACACCGAUCGUCGUGUCGAAACCGCUCGUCGCUUAUACACCGAUCGUCAGUACACCGAUCGUCAGUGCACCGAUCGUCAGUACACCGAUCGUCAGUACACCGAUCGUUACCAGUGCUGGCCACAUUUCCGUUUCCGACCAUGGCAUCCACCAGACGCACCAUUCGCACAACCACUACGGGGCGACCACCGGUGGCGGUGUUUACAAGGCAGCGUACACUUCCGGUGCCGGUCUGUACGGUACCGGACAUCAUGCGUACGGUAGUGCCGGUGGUCACUAUGGUGGUACCUUCGGUGCUUCCGGGGCACACUUCGGUGCUGGUAUUGGUGGUGGAUCCUACGGAGCGCACUAUGGAGCCGGUGCCGGACAUUAUGGGAGCGCGGGAGCCCAUCUAAGCACCGGAGUCCUGUGCGAUCACUAGCGGUCACCAUCGCAAUCUGCACCAUCUGUAGCUUAAAAACGUGUCGUAGGUUUAAUGCACUUUGUUGAGUGGCCGCCAAUGGUGCCGCUCCUUUACCGUUGACUCCUCAAAUGAUAUUCGCACUCGCAGUGGCUUCUCCAGUGUAGGCGUGCCCACCUCAUUCUAGAUCAA